AAUUAUAACGGUCACACUACCACUUCGCUGUUUUUAACAUUUUUCUUUGUUUUUAUCGAAAAUUGCAGUGGACUUAAACAAUUUCCCGAAUUGGGAUAGCCAGAAAAACAAGUGUCAACGUUCAUCACUUUUUUUCAGCCAAAAAAUAAAAAAAGCAGUCAAAGCUGGAAGUGAUUAUCUAACGACAAAAUCGACAUAUUGAAAUUCGAACGAGUUGCAGUAGGCGCAGUUAAUAAAUGUAGGCAGCCAGGCAAGUUUGCUCUCGUAAAUUAUCCGUUCCGUCCCAGUUAAACAUAGCGCAAAAUCGGUCUAGCCCACACAGGAUUCGCAAAAGUAUAUAUAUUUUGAGCAAAUACAAAAAAAAAACACCCUUUCGAUCCAGGGAUUUUGCCUUGUAGUUGCACCCGCCACCCUUUCACCUUUCAGCCCGAAAAAAGCAAAAUAUUUUUACGACGCAAUAACAAAACAAUCGACACCCACGCAUCAGCUGUUUCGUUAUCGAAAGGCCUUAUCGAUCCCACAUGAGCAACAGUGGAGUAAAAGAAGAAGAAGCGACCAGAAUUAAGCACCAGAAAACUUAAAAAAGUUACAGGCACGUAUAGCCGAGGUCUAGGCGGGCCGAAAGAUGUCUGUGAGACUGCUGACCGUGCGACUGAUCAAACAUGGUCGCUACAUUUUGCGCAGCUAUUGUAAACGUGAUAUACACGCCAACAUUUUGGACCAGAAUCAAUUAAAGACAAGAAGCAAGCGAGGCUUUCCAUUACCCUCCACCGCUGCCCAUGUGGUGCGGACGACGCCGCAACAAGCGGCCAAAUCGGUGGUCAAUGUAGUGCCCCGCACUGCCACUCCCUCGGCGGGAUCGCCACUGAAUGGGAGCUCUACCACCAGCAGCAGCGGACUCUUCCGAGUGGGCCAACAUGCCCGCAAACUCUUCAUCGACAACAUCCUAAGCCGGGUGACCACCACUUACUCCGAGGAUCUUCGCCAGCGUGCCACCCGUAAGCUCUUCUAUGGCGAUUCAGCUCCCUUUUUCGCCUUGAUCGGCGUGAGUUUGGCCUCCGGAUCGGGGGUGCUUAGCAAGGAGGACGAACUGGAAGGCGUUUGCUGGGAGAUUCGUGAGGCAGCUGGACGGCUGCAAAGUGCCUGGAACAAGGACGACAUUUCCGACACGCUGGACACCAAGUUUAGCAUCGAUGAUCUGGAUAUUGGGCCACCGAUUGCCAAAGGUUGUGCCGCUGUGGUCUAUGCAGCAGGUUUUAAGAAGGACAACGGUGCGGAGACGCUUGCUGCGGAUUCAGAGCCCCCGCAGGCCUCACCAGCCUUUGCUCCGAACAGCUGGAGUGCCCACGAGACGAUGUCGCCGCUGCAGAACAUGUCGCGCUUUGUUCACAACUUUGGUGGCUCUGUGGAUAAUAUAUUCCACUACAGCCAGCCCUCGGCUGCCAGUGAUUUUGUCGGCGCUCAGGAGAGGGAGCAGGAGCAGCAGGACCACCAGGACCAGGAACCCAAACGCAAUUCCUUCAAUGAAAAUCCCCUCGCGACUCCGAAGAUGAAUAGCUCUGUGGACAACUAUCCGCUGGCCCUUAAAAUGAUGUUCAACUACGAUAUACAAAGCAACGCCUUGUCCAUUCUGCGUGCCAUGUACAAGGAGACCGUGCCAGCUCGUCAGCGCGGGAUGAAUGAAGCCUCCGACGAGUGGGAGCGCUUGCUGCAGAACCAAACUGUCGCCCUGCCACCGCAUCCGAACAUUGUCUGCAUGUUUGGCUUCUUUUGCGACGAGGUGCGCAACUUUCCCGACGGCCACCUCCUGUAUCCGGUGGCCCAGCCGCAGAGAAUCAAUCCGCAGGGCUAUGGCCGGAACAUGUCGCUCUAUCUGCUAAUGAAACGCUACGAUCACAGCCUGCGUGGCUUGCUGGACAACCAAGAGCUGAGCACUCGCACCCGCAUCCUGCUGCUGGCUCAAAUGCUCGAGGCCGUCAACCAUUUGAGUCGUCACGGGGUGGCCCAUCGUGAUCUCAAGUCGGACAAUGUGCUUAUCGAGCUGCAGGAUGACGCCUCACCGGUGCUGGUGCUCUCCGACUUUGGCUGCUGUCUAGCGGACAAGGUGCACGGCCUGAGGCUUCCGUAUGUCUCGCACGACGUAGACAAGGGCGGAAAUGCAGCUCUGAUGGCGCCGGAGAUCUUUAACACGAUGCCCGGGCCGUUUUCGGUGCUUAAUUACGGCAAGGCUGACCUGUGGGCCUGCGGUGCCUUGGCCUACGAAAUCUUUGGCAGCCGUAAUCCCUUCUAUUCGAACAGCGGUGGGUUGGCACGCGAACGCGGCGAGCUGACUCUUUCGCUUAGGAACAGUGACUACAGGCAUGAGCAGCUGCCGCCGAUUAGCGAUGCCUGCCCGCCGCUGUUGCAACAGCUGGUGUACAACAUCCUCAAUCCCAACCCGUCGAAGCGGGUCAGUCCGGAUAUUGCGGCGAAUGUCGUGCAACUAUUCCUUUGGGCACCGUCCAAUUGGCUCAAGGCGGGUGGCAUGCCCAACAGCUCCGAGAUCCUCCAGUGGCUGCUCUCGCUGACCACAAAGAUAAUGUGCGAGGGUCGCCCGCAGCUGGGUGCCGGACUGUUGCCAGUCGCUUCCAGUGGAAAGCGCGCCUAUGUGGAGUACCUCCUCAUCUGCAGCUUCCUGGCACGCGCUCGCCUGCGUCGCAUUCGCGGCGCCCUCAACUGGAUACAGAAUGCGGUGGCGUAAGCGACUCACUCGCGGCAGUUACCACUGGAUUAGAUCUUGUCGUCAGGACACCCUGUACUACUUGUUACUCUGAGAAAAUCAAAUGGAAAAGCGUGUGAUAACUAUAUUUUACAUAUGUAUUUAUAAAAGAAAUCAAAAUUAACCGCA